ACAUUUCACUAGUUGUAACUUUAUUGAAAUCCCGAAUUAAUCUUACAAUGGAAAACAAUUUUAAAAAAGGAAAAAAAGAUGCUUCUGCUUUCCCUCCACAGACAUGGUCCAGCCCAUGAGGCAGCACGGGGAGCAGGGAGUACGCACCCCGUCGUGCGCUGGCGCGUACAGCGCUAAAUAGGAGGUCUCGAUAGCAUCUCAUUGAAUCCCGAAUGCAUGGUCCAACCAUCUCUUCAAACCGGAAGCUGCCCAUAUGGUCCAUCAUCCUGGCGUCUGAAAUACUUUUGGAAAGACAAUUAUGAUUAGAUCCUGGCGUCUGAAAUACUUUUGGAAAGACAAUUAUGAUUAGAUUUGGAUAAGUACUCUCGAAAAUCUACAAAUAGGAGAUGUUUUGUUCUAUUUUGAUUAUGUUUGGAUAGGCAAUCAUUAUUAUUAAUAUCAUCCUUCAUAUCUAGAUAAACUAAGACAAACUAUAAAUAGAAUAUAUUUUUCUUCUGUUUUGAUUACGUUUGGAUAGACAAUUAUUAUUAUUAGUAUCAGCCUUCGUAUCUAGAUAAAUAUAAGGCAAUCUAUAAGUAGAAGCUUUUUCUGUUUGGACUAUGUUUGGAUAGACAAUUUAUUAUUAUUAGUAUCAGCCUUCGUAUCUAAAUAAAUCUAAGACAGUCUACAAAUAGAAGAUUUUUCAUUCUGUAUAUAGUUAUUAUUAUUAGUAUCAGCGUAAAUACAUUUGAAAUGCCAUGUGAUAAAUGAUCCACACAUAAGGAAUGAAUAUUUUUCAUGGAAUAUAUCUAGACAUGUUUUAGUGUUAGAUAUGUAGAUACCUUCGUAUCUAAUAAAUCUGACCCAAUUUUUUGGGACCGAGGUAACAUAUAAAGAGGGGUCUCGCCCCUCAUGGGCAGAGCAGCACGGAGAGCAAAGUUGGCUUCCCUACACACCGAUAACAAGGAAAGCUACCUCGCAAGCCUGUGUACACUUAGCAAGCAGCAGUCUCCACAAUGCUGGCUUGGUGCUGCUUUGUUGUGUCCCAGCUGCUCAUCAUAAUAACGCUCAUAUACCUUGUCAUGACCAAGAGCAAGGUCCACGGUGGCACGUGCUCAUCAGAGAUGGUGCCGCUUCCACUUCCGCCGGGGCCAUGGCCAUGUCCACUGGUGGGUAGCCUGCCCGAGAUGGUGCUCAACAAGCCGGCGUUCCGUUGGAUCCAUCGCGUGAUGAAGGAUAUGGGCACUGACAUCGCCUGCUUCCGCCUCGGCAGCGUCCACGUCAUCCCAAUCACAUGUCCCAAGAUCGCAAGGGAGGUGCUCAAGAAGCAAGACAAAAACUUCUCGUCUCGUCCACUCACCUUCGCCUCCGGCACCAUCAGCAGCGGGUACAAGGACGCCGUGCUCUCGCCGUUCGGCGACCAGUGGAUGAAGAUGCGCAAGGUGCUCACCUCUGAGAUCAUCUGCCCCUCCCGUCACAAGUGGCUCCACGACAAGCGCGCCGACGAAGCUGACAACUUGACGCGCUACAUCUACAACCUCACCGUCGGGGGGUCGUCAUCUUCAACAUCGGGACUAGCCAACGUCAAUGUCAGGCACGUCGCGCGACAUUACUGCGGCAACGUUAUCCGUCAGCUUGUCUUCGGCCAACGAUACUUCGGGGAGCCUCAGCCGGACGGCGGGCCGGGGCCGAUGGAGGUGGAGCACAUGGACGCUUCCUUUGCCCUCCUAGGGUUCACCUUCGCGUUCUGCGUCAGUGACUACCUCCCGUGUCUACUUGGCCUAGAUCUCGACGGCCACGAGAAAAUUAUUAAGGAGGCCAACACAAAAGUGGAUAGACUGCAUGAUGUGGUCAUCGAAGAGCGUUGGAGGCAGUGGAACAGCGGCGAGAGGCAGGACGGGGUCCAGGACUUCCUUGACGUUCUCAUCACGCUUGCCGACGGUGACGGCAAGCCGUUGCUCAACAUCGAUGAGGUUAAAGCACAGUCCAAGGGCAUAAUAUUAGCGGCCAUAGAUAACCCGUCAAACGCAGUGGAGUGGGCACUGGCGGAGAUGGUGAACAACCCAGAAUUGCUGGCCAAGGCAGUGGAGGAGAUGGACUGGGUGGUUGGUCGCGAGCGACUGGUCCAAGAGUCGGACAUCAUGCAGCUCAACUAUCUCAAGGCGUGCAUACGUGAGGCAUUUCACCUCCACCCAAUCGCUCCCUUCAACCUACCGCACGUCGCGAUUGUCGACACCAUUGUUGCGGGCUACCGCGUGCCCAAGGGUAGCAACGUCAUCCUCAGCCGGCUGGCCCUGGGCCGGAACCCCACCGUCUGGGAUGAACCGCUCCACUUCAAGCCAGAGCGCCAUAUGGGAGACAACAUCAAUGUGGUGCUUACCGAGAGCGAAUUGCGGUUCAUCUCCUUCAGCACCGGACGGCGAGGAUGCAUCGCGGCAUCACUAGGAACAACCAUGAGUGUCAUGCUCUUUGGCAGGCUCCUGCAUGGCUUCACCUGGACCAAACCGGUUGGGGUGUCGGCCAUCAAUCUCAGCGAGUCCAAGCACAACCUCUUCAUAGAGAAUCCGCUAGUGCUACAUGCUGAGCCACGUCUUCCAGUGCACCUCUACCCUCUCAUGCAUGUUUGA